CAUCCUCCCCCUUGCUGUCCCCUCCCCUCUCGGACCGGGGCCCUCUGCAGCGGCUGGGCAUGGGCGUGGGGCUCUCUAACGGGCAUCUCCGCCUGGCUCCGCAGGGGAGGUGAACUUCACCGUCAGCACGGAGGCCCUGCGCACCGAGGAGCUGUGCGGCACGGAGCUGGCCGUGGUGCCGGCCCAGGAGCUAGUGGACACCGUGAUCAAGCCCCUGCGGGUCCUGCCGGGGGGGAUCGUGGAGGAGAAGUCGCACAGCUCCCUGCUCUGCCAGGAAGCGUCCGAAGAAAUCUCCUUGCAGCUGCCUGCGAACGUCCUGGCGGGGUCCGAGCGAGCCCACGUGACUGUCCUGGGAGACAUAAUGGGCGUGGCUCUGCAGAACAUAGACCUGCAGCCCACAUUCUUCAACGAUGUAGAACAGAACAUGGUCCAGUUCGCUCUCAACAUCUACACCCUGCAGUACCUGGAGAAGAGCGGGCAGCUGAGCCCGGAGAUCAGAGACAAGGCCCAGGGAUUCCUGCAGAGCGGGUACCAGCGCCAGCUUCGCUAUAAGCGCAAGGACGGCUCCUACAGCAAACAUAGGAAGAGCGACCCCACAGGCAACAGCUGGCUGACGGCCUUCGUCCUCAAGUCCUUUGGCCAGGCCAGACCCUACAUCUCCAUCGAUGAGAAGCAUGUAAACCGCAGCCUGCGGUGGCUGCAGCGUCACCAGCUGGAGAGCGGCUGCUUCCGCAGCGUGGGGAAGCUGUGA